AUGUCCGGAAGUUGCUUGCAGUGCAGAGAGAUCCAGAUGAGUGGUAGCAGUAAACUCCUCGCCAUAUCUCUAGUGCUCGCUCUUCUCAGCCAUGGCACUUGCACCUACAACAAGCCCGGCUGGGAUGAUGAUUGUCCAGCGUCCCGGUGCAGCAAGGAUGGACCAGAGAUCCGGUUCCCUCACCGGCUUGAAUCCAGCAACACAUCAUCAGCAUGCGGCGCUUCAUGCGCGAGGCUAGCAUGCUCUGGCCAAGACACCAUCCUACAUCACCCAUUUCUGGGGCCUUGCAAGGUCACCUCCAAAGAUUACAAGAAGGCCGUCAUGAAGAUCAUCCCGCUCCAAUUCACCAUGUCUCCAUGCCCUCUUCCGAAGCCCGUCUUCGACAGUUUACCGCCUUAUGGCAUUUACAGCUGUGACUUAUACAGUAGGGUUCCUGCAAAAAUAGUACAGUGUUCAGAAGAGUUUAUACCAAGUGAUACCUCUCCAAUCCCACUCGAAUAUGACCCGUUCCAGAAUGCUGCCGAAAAUAUUGUCGGCCCAAUAAACUGCCUUAGCGACAAAGGACACUUCUCAUAUUUGGUGAGUGCUCGGCUAUACAUGUAUUUGCUUCCAUUGGACUGCAGGAUCGUCUCCAGAGGUUACAUUCCAAUACCCGGUCGGGAGAACAUUGGACGGCCAACAUUCAAGGAAAUUACAGAAAAAUUCAUCAACUUCGCCGACACGACUAUUGCCAGUUGGUUGUCCUAUGGAGGAGUUAUCUACAACUGCACAACGUGUGAACGACACAAGCAACGCUGUGCAUUCAGUUUACAAAGGAAUCAAACAUUCUGCAUAAGCCAUGGCCAUCAUGGUUCAAGUGUCAAAGUCAUUUCAGCAACUUCAUCAGUGGCUGCAUUUGUUGUUCUUUCAUUCAUCAUGGCCACGGCGCUCUAUCUCUCACUGAAGUCAAAGUAUGAUGAAGAUGUACAUUUGAAGGUUGAAAUGUUCCUCAGGACAUAUGGCACAUUGAAACCCACAAGGUACAGUUUCUCUGAUGUCAAGAAGAUAACGAGACGCUUCAAGGAACAAUUAGGUCAGGGUGGGUUUGGAAGUGUAUACAAAGGAGAACUACCGAACGGAGUGCCCGUGGCAGUUAAAAUGAUAGAACACUGUACAGGGGAGGGAGAAGAAUUCAUCAAUGAAGUAGCAACCAUUGGACAAAUUCAUCAUAUAAACAUUGUCCGCCUUUUGGGCUUCUGCUCUGAUGGAACAAGACAAAUUCUUAUCUAUGAAUUCAUGCCAAAUGAAUCAUUGGAGAAAUACAUAUUCUUGCAUGACCCUGAUACUUCUCAAGAAUCCCUAGCACCAAACAAGAUGUUAGAGAUUGCCUUAGGCAUUGCCCGAGGAAUGGAAUACCUGCAUCAAGGAUGCAACCAGCGCAUCCUCCAUUUUGAUAUCAAGCCUCAUAAUAUCUUGCUGGACUAUAACUUCAAUCCGAAGAUUUCAGACUUUGGUCUCGCAAAGCUGUGUGCAAGGGACCAAAGCAUCGUUACCUUGACAAAAGCAAGAGGCACAAUGGGCUACAUCGCACCAGAGCUAUAUUCUAGGAACUUUGGGGAGAUAUCUUACAAGUCAGAUGUAUACAGUUUCGGCAUGCUUGUGUUAGAAAUGGUGAGUGGAAGGAGGAACUCAGACCCAAGUAUUGAGAACCAGAAUGAGGCCUACUUUCCAGAAUUGAUCCAUGAGAAAGUAAUUACUGGGCAGGAUCUUGUAUUUGGUAGGGAAAUGACAGAAGAAGAGAGACUGAAGGUUAGACAGAUGGCCCUUGUGGCACUGUGGUGUAUUCAGUGGAACCCAAGAAACCGUCCCUCAAUGACAAAGGUUGUAAACAUGCUAACUGGAAGGUUGCAGAAUAUCCAGGUGCCCCCUAAGCCAUUUGUUUCCUAUGAAAGUCAUCAUGUGCCAUAAAUCAUGGAGAGCACACCAAGAAGGUUAGGUAAAGUUCUGGGAGUUAUAGUUAAUCAGAUUGUUGCAUAAUAAUGCCUAGAGAUUGAAUAAUAUGUAUGCUGAUUCUUCCAUUGAAUUAACCACCUGAAGUAUGCGUCAUCACUCUUUACCAUGUAACACAACUAAUAAGAAACACAUUACUCGUACAAUUACCUUGUUCAGUUGUUUCCAGGAUGUAUUUCCACCAACUACAGUGUACAUUACUCCUUGCUGUACUAUAUUCAGUAAGGUGUCCUCCCUGUCCUGAUCAUUGUAUCUAGUGGCAAUCAUGCAAGGCAAUUGAAUUAUGUGUAGUUGUU